CUGCGCCCUGCUGUCACGUGCUGCACGUCCUCGCGGAGAGCCCCGCCCCCUCAUCAUGGCUGCGGCUCCUGUGUAGAGCGUGAGCCGGGAGAGGAGGGAGCGCUGAACCCCAGCUGCGGCCUCAGGACCUCUGUUCUCCCCUCAGAAGCUCAUGGCGUCAGCAUCCACAGUGCCUGUUGGGUUCCACUAUGAAACAAAGUAUGUCGUGCUCAGCUUCUUGGGGUACCUGCCGCAGGAGAGUACCGGGGGAGACCGCUCCACCACAGAGCCAGGCGUCCCGCAGGCCCUGGACCCACCAGCGCUGGCCGGAGACAAGCUGGACAAGAUUAAGGCGGAGAUAGAUGAGCGCCUGAAGCGGCUGGAGGAGGAGAUCUCGGCAGUCUUCCCCAGCACCGGCUUUGACACGCACACCUCCCCAGUCUUCAGCCCGGUCAGUCCUGAGACCUCCAUUGAGGAGUGUCUGGCACCACUCGUGGAGAGGAUGCGUCUGGAGAUCCGGGAGCCAUUGAGCAACGCCUUACAGAGGCUCCUGAGCGGGACCGUGACGUACGACGCCUUCAAGAAGGAAUCGGAUGACACCGUUGUACACACUAGUGGCUGGAAUAAGGUGCUGGUGCCUCUGUUCCUGUUACAGCGCCUCCUGCUGGAGCAGACAAGACGCGGCGACGAGUCCGUGGACAGCCUCGUGCAGAUCGGAGUCUCCUACAUAGAGGAAGUGUGUGCGGACUACAUCAUCCAGCAAGGAGGAUGGGGCACCGUCUUCAGCCUGGAAACUGAGGAGGAAGAUGUACAAGGACUAAUCGCUGAGGACAGUAACGACAUCUACAUCCUGACCAGCGAUAACUCUGAACAGGUGAGCCCGCCGGAGAGCCUGGCGGUCUCCUCUUCCUGGCACACAGAGAGCCUGCCCACCUCCCUGGGGCCCGAGUCCUGGCAGCAGGUGGCCAUGGAUCCAGAAGAGCUGAAGAGCUUGGACAGCAACGGUGGCGGUGAAGAGCGGAGCGAGAACAACUCUUCCAACUCUGACAUAGUCCACGUGGAGAAGGAGGAGAUAGCGGAGGUCAUCGAGGAGGCGGCCGGGGUGGAGCAGAGAUUUGAGCAGGAAGAAGAGGAAGAUGUUGAGGAUGAGGAGAGGGAAAUCUUGAUGGUUCCUUCUGCUGCAACUGCGGCACUCGGCGCUACGUCACCUCCGACGCUAGAGGAGGAAGAGCUGAAAAUCCCCCCUCCCACGGUCACACAGCCAGAGCUCCCAAAUGUGGACAUAGCUAUAAAGGGAGUUUUGGGAAAGGGACCUCCAAGUCCCCCAGAGGAACCUAAAGAAGAGUUCCAGGUUACUCCUACCUCGGAGGCAGAGAAAGUGGAAUCUCCCAUUGUGUCUCUGCUCCCUCAGCAAACCAGAACAGGGGAAGAGAAACCGGUCUUCCUCCCCGAGGGCAAAUCCAUCCUGCUGUAUGGGGGAGCGGCGGCGGUCGCCAUUUUGGCCGUGGCGGUGGGAAUGGUGAUGGCGCUGAGAAAGAAAUAGCAAAAAUACUACAGUGAAUUUGCUUCCCUCCCCCCCCGUCUAAUACAAAUCUAUGAUCAAUUUCCUCUUGUGCAUCUGUCACUCGUACCCCAGCCAGUAAGAAAAGCAAAUCUUGUAACAAACAGAGGGGGGCGCUCUCUUGCACAGACCUUCCGAUUUGCAUUGGGAACCGGUGUGUGAGCUCUCUGCUGCUAAUAAUCCAGUUUCACUGUGCUGUACGCCGCCAUUAGAUCGCCAUAAAGUCAUGGCAAUCUAAUCUUAUAUUGAUAGCGGCCAUUUUAAAUACCAAAAAAAUAAAAUAAAGAACAGAGUUGGGGAUAAGUAGAUUUGGGCCUGUGGAAAUCUAGUUGGCGCUGCCUCGGGGAAAUGCGUUACACUCUAGUCAGUGCCCGUUUAGUACAUAGUAAAAUUUUAAUUUUCUCUAAAAGUUUUCCUUCUGCCAAAACUUUAAGCCGGGAAUACGGUGAGGGCAGGACAAGGCCCAACGCCCCCUCUGGCUGUAGCGUCACCGCGAGGACCGCUAGAUGUGAGCGGCCUUUGAGGUGAGGUCUUUAGUGUAGUUCAGAGAGAUUAGGACCAUUUAGUUUCUUGUUAUAAAAUGGGCGAGUAAGCCUCAGCCCUUUUUUUUAUUUUCUUAAAACUUUGGGGAGGAAUGGAGAAUUUCCCAGACCCUUGCGGAGAUUUCCGGAGUACAUGGCGCGUCACCCAUGGCUGCGGCGGGAGAAGAUGGAGUCUCGCCAUUACACGGGCGGGCGGGGAGGCGCCGUUGCUGCAUCACAAAGAUACAUUUUAUUUUUAAGAGGAAAGAGCACUUAUUUUAUUGCAGUUACUCUCCUGUAUAUUGUAGUGUAUUAAAGCAGGAACAUGAAACCUC